UGAACAUGCAAUGUUGAUGGCUAAAUAUAGAUGUGACAACGCCCGGGGUGUAUCAUCAUCCAAAAUAGUUGAACUCACAAAUCAGGUUAUAUCUGUAUACUCAUUUGUACAAUAGCUGAAAUAUUCCAGGAAUUCAGUGACCGCACUGACUUAUCACCACAGUUCAGUAAUCUUUUAAGUACUGGGCGGAAACCGUUUUGCUGACAGCUUUGGGAGUUUGUCGACGCCUGAUUACAAUUUCACAGUGCCCCGGGGUAGUGCCACAACGGUUACGGACACAGUUAUACCGAAAUUACAUGCGUGGCUAAUAAGUAAGAUUGUUGAAACCUCGAACGAACAUCAUCACUAUAAGAGAACUACUAAGCAAGGUGUUGUAGCAAGAUGUCCCCAAUCACAGCAAUUAUGGCAACUUUCCUAUCCCUCUUCUUAACCACCUUAUUAACCGAAGCCCAAGAACUCCCGAGGAGGAAAGAUCACCACUUUCUCCUAUCUCAUGCAGAAAUUGUCCACGACACGGGUACAGUGCCUGACGGAGUUGAAGUCAGAACAUAUAUAUUUAAAGACACCACUAAAAGGUAUUUUUUUUCAGUUGAUGAAGAUAACACACCGGUAUCCAUUACAGUCACGCCAUGUGCGGCAUUAUUAGAAUGGCAAUUGUCGCUGUUGCCACACGAGGAAAGCGAAGAACCCUCAGGAGAUGAUAUAGCUGAGGAGUUCGAAGAACAGAUGCCCAAUUUAAGGACAGAUUCCCCAAAUCUAAUUUUAAAAAGUUAUAUUGGGUUCAAGCGAGAAACGUAUCUUGUGCACGAUUCUCCGGCUGGAGAAUUUAUGCUUCAAAUUCGGUCACCAGAAACAGAUACCAAUGUGUAUAUAUAUGCCACGACAUCACCUGAUUCCGAUCGACCCUACCCUGAACUUCCCACGGACCCCAGGUUGGACGUGGCAUCGGUUAACCGAGAUAGUGUAACGCUUGGAUGGAAGGCUUCGCCGACGAACGCUUUGCAUCAGGAACCCAUAAAGUAUUGCGUAACUGCCAACACCAAGACACACUUUGAUUCGCUGUGCGGGUUCCAGAGUUUUUACGGACUUGAACCACCACCCGCGCUUCCACCUAACUUCGGGUUUGGGUUUGAAUUUGAGAUGGAAAUCAUACAGCGCCAUCGCGAAAUCGAACGGAGGUACAGACAAAAAUCGAGAGAGAUACGGAAGCAUGAUUACCAUAUAGAAUGUGUAGGUACGAAGACGCAGCACACAUUCUUGAAUCUACUUCCGAGUAAACAGUAUUACUUCGACUUAUUUGUCGUGAAUAGAGUCAAUAACUACAGCAGCACGUACGUUGGAGUUAGCUUGAAAACAAAGAAAAGGAAUCAACACAAAAUCAUAGACAUGAAAGACGGGAAGCUUGUCACAACCUCUGUGAAAAAGUCCAAUUCGCCGAAGUCUUUUCGAUAUCGCGUCUUUGAGCACACCGACCACUUGUUGUUCACCGUUCAUCCGUGUUCGGCGCAAGUUCAUGCAGAAAUUUGGAAGGACGACGAGAUGGUGCAGGGUAUGGACAUUGCGGAUUUGAGUAACAUAACGUUCAACGACGUGACACCUGGAGAAUACUUUGUGAAAUUAUCCAACUCUAGGAGGCGCCCCACAUCAGUUAAAGUAUUAGCUACCAGGCGACUUUCGAAGUACCCCUACCCGGUCAUGCCAGACGACACGCGAAUAAUAGAAUUUGAGAGGGGACGCAAAUGUGAUUCUGUUACUCUGGCUUGGCUGGCUACCAAGGGAAAGGCACUGUACUGCUUAUACAAGCGAGAGAUUAAGCAAGAGACCAGACGUUCUUCGAAUACGAAUACUUGCCAUGGUCCCGAGCUGCGGAAAAAGACUGAAAAAAUGUUUUGCCGCCAUAAUAACGAUAGAAACUCCAAUGGCAAAACUGCUCCUAUGUCAGAAAUGGUGAGCGGACUGUCACCCGGCACGACAUACAGGUUUGAUGUGUAUGUGGAUAGCUAUGGAUCAGAGACCCUUCCUUACGACAGUAUCUGGGUCACUACGAAAGACCAGUGCUAAACAAUGCUUUUUGUUUACAUAAUUAUUUCUGAUGGAUAAGUGCUUUAAACAUAUUUGUACAAAUAUGGUUGAAUUUACAUUUUGCUUCAUGGAGUAGGACAGAAAACUACAAAUGACAGGCAACAAAGGUCUAUGAUGUUUACCGAGAUCUGCAUUCCAGCUGUCAUUGCUACUCAGCUGUCUUCUGUGAAAAGUGUUGACAAUUCCAAUUCAAAAUGGCGCCAUUUCAUUGGACUGUUUUUUUUCAGAACGAUCUGAUUUUCUCUUACUCUCGAAUCAUCCUAGCUCAAUGCGCGUCACUUCGCUCCAAGUGUAUUGUAAUAACUUGUAUGUGAUGCUUACCUAUUAUUACGGAAACUGAAGAACUACAAACAUUCGUCUUGUUUUGAAAACUAUUCGUUUGUGUUACGUUCACACAAACAUCAGAGAAAGUAAGAGAGAAUAAACAUUAUAAAUGUGACCUCCCUAAACUGAACACCUAGAUAUCAAUAGGGAAUUUUGUUGUAAUUAGCAAAUACACCACCAGAGUUUGUGAAAACAAUAACAAACUGUAGGUGGCGCCAUUGCGCGGGUGCAUCGCGAGAGCGUUUACUGCUCUCAAUGAAGCUGUGCUUCUUAUGAUCCGAUGAUUAGAAAGAACACUGAACCUACGUAAUCCAACCGGAUAUGGAAAAUGUGCGGUUGCAAAAUAAGAAGUAAGCAAUUACUGGAUGAUAGAAUGAUUCAUGUUGCGGGGCGAUUGAAUAGCGCCGUAUGCGGUGCAAUUGGCGAAAUAGGGAAACUGCCAGACACGAACUGCUUAAUUGUCGAAUACAGUAGAGUGGUCGUCCAAACAUUUGCAAAUUUAUAACCCCCUCCAAAUUAAGAUUUCAUGUUUUAAAGAAGAUGUACAUAUAUAUCAAUGACGUCAUUUAAUCACGUGACCUAACUCAGCAAAGAUUAUGUAAUUGCCACGCUGAAUGCCCGCUUUGCUAUGUUGGGCAGCUGGUCUCAAAAUAUUUCACUGUCAUUGUAAACUUGGCAGUACUUUAUUUAUUAAUUAUUAAGUCUAUUUAACCGCGAUAGAUAUGGACUGCACCAGAGCUUAGUAAAUCCCAGCGUUACCUUCAAAAAAUGAACCUUUUGGCCCGCCAUCUUGGCGACCUUCAACCCCGGAAGAGUAUUCUCCUUCAUUGUAUUUAUUAUGAGUGAUUAUGUCGUUAUACUACAUCUAUGUGUUAAGAAGUGCGUCUAGAGAAUGACCUCAACAUUUCGCUACCAAGUAACUAUGUCAAAAAUGUCAUUACUAUUUUACGCCAGUAUAAAGACAGUUGUA